AUGGAAUUAGAGGAAGUUGGUGUUGAAGCCAAUCAACCAAAUAAUGACCAAGGCAGCAAAAAACAGAAUAAAAAUAAAGAUAAAAAAGUGAAAAAAGAGAAAAAGAUUGGAUAUGGAGGAAAGAAAUCAGCAGAAGAAAACAGUAAUUUUAUAUCAUGGUUAACAUUUUCAUGGGCCGAUAGAUUUGUAGUUCAUUGUUUUAGACAUGUUUUACAAUUAUCUCAUAUUUGGGAUUUAGCAUCAUAUGAUAAAUCUGCAUAUUUAGCAGAAAAAAUAGCAAUAUCAUGGGAUGUUGAAAUUAAAAAACCAAAGCCAUCAUAUAUUAGAGCAGCUUUUAGAGCAUUUGGUUUAUAUUUUGUGUUAAGUUGGUUUUUCUAUGCAAUUUAUGCAGCAUCACAAUUUGUUGGUCCAGAAAUUUUAAAACGUAUGGUUACAUUUGUUUUAAAAUCUAGAAGUGGUAUUUCAACUGAAGAUCCAAAUAUGGGUUAUUAUUAUGCAUUAAUUAUGUUUGGGUCAGCUAUGAUUGGUUCUGUAUGUUUAUAUCAAUCAAAUAUGAUUUCAGCAAGAACUGGUGAUCGUUUAAGAUCAGUAAUUGUUUUAGAUGUUUAUAGAAAAGCAAUUAAAUUAUCAAAUUCAGCAAGAGCAAAUACAUCACCAGGUGAAAUUGUAAAUUUAAUGAGUAAUGAUGCACAAAGAAUGGUAGAAGUUUUCCAAUUGGUAAAUAAUGGUGUAUUUGCAUUACCACAAAUUAUAGUUUGUUUAGCAUUGUUAUAUCGUGCAAUUGGAUGGCCAACAUUUGUUGGAUUGGGUUUGAUGUUGGCAGCAGUACCAUUCAAUGGUAUUGCAGCAAAGAAAUUAACAGAGAUUAGAAGACAUUUGGUUGGUUUCACAGAUAAACGUGUUAAAACUACCAAUGAAAUUUUACAAGCAAUUAAAAUCAUUAAACUCUAUGCAUGGGAGGAUUCAUUUGCAAAGAAAGUUAUUGAACGUCGUGAGGCAGAGAUUAAAUUAUUAUUCUCCUUCUCUCGUUAUAGAGCAAUGUUGAUUGUAAUUGUAGCAGCAUUACCAACCGCUGUAUCAGUAUUGGUUUUCUCAUCAUAUUAUGGUUAUUACAAGAAAUUGGAUGCAGGUGAAAUUUUUGCAGCACUUUCCUAUUUGAAUAUCCUUCGUUUACCAUUGGGUUUCCUUCCAAUUAUCGUUGCAUUGGGUAUUCAAAUGAAAAUUGCAGCACAACGUGUCACUGAUUUCCUUUUAUUACCAGAGAUGAAAGAAAUUAGUAAAAUCGAAGAUCCAUCCAUUGAGAAUGGUAUAUACAUUAGAGAUGCAACUUUAACAUGGAAUCAAGAAAAGAAAGAGGAAUCAUUCACAUUGAAAAAUAUUAAUUUCGAAGCAAAAGGUAAAACAUUGACAAUGAUUGUCGGUUCAGUUGGUUCAGGUAAAUCUUCACUCAUUCAAGCAAUGUUGGGUGAAAUGGAUGUUUUGGAUGGUUCAGUGGCAAUGAAAGGUAAUGUUGCCUAUGUUCCACAACAAGCAUGGAUCAUCAAUGCAACCUUGAAGGAUAACAUUCUAUUCGGUUCACCAUAUGACGAAGCAAAAUAUAGAAAGGUAUUGGAAGUUUGUGCACUUGAACGUGAUAUUGAAUUGUUCCCACAAGGUGAUUUGGUAGAGAUUGGUGAACGUGGUGUCAAUCUUUCAGGUGGUCAAAAACAACGUGUUUCCAUUGCACGUGCAGUUUAUUCAGAUUCAGAUGUUUACAUUUUAGAUGAUCCAUUAUCGGCUGUGGAUGCACAUGUCGGUAAACAUUUAUUCCAUAGAUGUUUCAAAGGUAUCUUAAAGAGUAAGACCGUUAUUUUAGCAGCUAAUCAAUUGAAUUAUUUACCAUUCGCUCAUAAUACCGUGGUUUUGAAAGCUGGUGAAAUCUCUGAACGUGGUUCCUAUCAACAAUUGAUUAAUGCUCAAAAAGAAUUCUCUGGAUUACUUCAAGCCUAUGGUGUCGAUGAGUCUGCAGUUAAUGAAGAUGUUGAAGAUGAUAAAGAAAUUGAAGAAUCUGAUAAUAUCGUUGUCGAAGAGAAGACUAAACCAACUGAGAAGCCAAAACUUCAAAAUAAAGAUGGUGUUUUGACCUCACAAGAAGAGAGAGAAGAAGGUGCAGUAGCAAUGUGGGUAUAUUGGAAAUAUAUUACAGUUGGUGGUGGUUUCUUAUUCCUCAUGGCAUUUAUAUUCUUCCUUAUGGAUACUGGUACAAGAACAUUUGUAGAUUGGUGGUUAUCACAUUGGCAAAAUGAGUCAACAAAGAAUGCAUUGGCUGUAGCACAAGGUUUAGAGCCAUCCGGUUUAACAGACACUCAAUAUUUAGGUAUUUACAUUGGUGUUGGUAUGACCUCUAUUUUAAUUUCAGCUGGUCGUAAUUUCCUCUUCUUUGAAUAUACAGUUCGUGCAUCAAGAGCAUUGCAUCAUCAAUUGUUCAAUGCAUUGUUGAGAGCACCAAUGUCAUUCUUUGAUACAACACCAUUGGGUAGAAUUAUCAAUCGUUUCACUAGAGAUUUAGAUGGUGUUGAUAAUUUAAUGGCAACUUCAAUCUCACAAUUUUUGGUAUUCUUUACCACUGUCGUAGCAACUUUAAUUAUCAUUUCCAUCAUUACACCAUUCCUUUUGGUACCAUUGGCACCAAUUUGUAUCAUUUUCUAUUUUCUUCAAUUCUUUUAUCGUUACACUUCAAGAGAAUUACAAAGACUUGAAGCCAUUAGUAGAUCACCAAUUUUCAGCCAUUUCUCAGAGACAUUGGGUGGUGUUGUUUCCAUUAGAGCCUAUAGAAAGAAGGAAGAGAAUAUUCUCACCAAUCAAUUCCGUUUGGAUAAUAAUAACAAAUGUUAUCUUACACUUCAAGCAAUGAAUCAAUGGUUAGGUUUACGUUUAGAUCUCUUAGCAAAUUUAGUCACCUUCUUUGCCUGUCUUUUCAUCACAAUCGAUAGGGAUACAAUUUCCGCUGCAAAUGUUGGUUUAUCACUUUCCUAUGCACUCUCAUUGACUGGUAAUCUUAAUCGUGCUACCCUUCAAGCAGCAGAUACUGAAACUAAAAUGAACUCUGUCGAACGUAUCACUCAUUAUAUUAAAGGUCCAGUUGAAGCAUUGCAAAUCGUUGAAGAUCAUCGUCCAGCACCAGAUUGGCCACCACAUGGUGCUAUCACUUUUGAUAAUUUGGUUAUGCGUUAUCGUGAAGGUUUAGACCCAGUAUUGAAGGGUAUUUCAUGUGAAAUUAAAGCUAAAGAGAAAAUUGGUAUCGUCGGUCGUACUGGUGCUGGUAAAAGUUCAAUCGUAUUGGCUUUGUUCCGUUUAAUCGAAGCUUCAGAAGGUGCAAUCUUAAUCGAUGGUGAAAAUAUCGCCAAGUUUGGUCUCAAAGAUUUACGUCGUAAUCUUGCUAUCAUCCCACAAGAUCCAGUUUUAUUCAGUGGUACUCUUCGUGAAAAUAUUGAUCCUUUCAAUGAAAAAACAGAUGAUCAAUUAUGGUCCGUAUUAAAAGAUAUUCAAUUACAUGAUGUAGCUAAAUCACUCGAGGGUGGUCUCGAUUCAAAAGUCACUGAAAAUGGUGAUAAUUGGUCCGUUGGUCAACGUCAACUUUUAUGUCUUGCCAGAGCUUUACUUCGUGAUCCAAAGAUUUUAGUACUCGACGAAGCUACCGCUUCGGUCGAUGGUCAUUCCGAUUCUUUAAUUCAAGCUACAAUUCGUGAGAAAUUCAGUAAUUGUACAAUUUUAACAAUCGCUCAUAGAUUAAAUACUAUCAUGGAUAGUGAUAGAAUCAUAGUUUUAGAUGCUGGUAAAAUCAGUGAAUUCGAUGAACCUUGGACUCUUUUACAAAAUCCUGCUGGUUUAUUAAAUUGGUUGGUUGAAGAAACUGGUCCACAAAAUGCUGCCUACCUUCGUAGAUUGGCUCAAGCAAAGAAAGAUGGUGUCAAUAUUGAUCAAAUCACUCCACCAAUCUCUCCAACUCCUGAACAAAAACCUUUUAAAAAUGCUGAUAUAGAUAAUAUUAAUUCACCACCACAACAAUCUUUAAAAGCUGAAGAUAAUCCUAAUCCAAAAGCUUUAGAUAAUAGUGGUGAUAAUAACAAUAAUAAUAAUAAUAAUAAUAAUAAUAAUAAUAAUAAUAAUAAUAAUAAUAAUAAUAAUAAUAAUAAUAAUAAUAAUAAUGAUAAUGAUAAUGAUAAUGAUAAUGAUAAUAGUGAAGCUGGCGAUAAUUAA